GGCGAUGAUAAUUAUCUUUGCGGUGACUUCCUUUAGGUUACUGUAGAGCAUUGAUUGUAACGUUCUCCGCAUCACAGUUCUAAUAAUCUCAACUCCGUUGUAUAUAAAUCUGGCAACGGUGAGAGUCCGGCCUUAAUGUAAACAUAACCUAAUCAGUAUGACUUCCCGCGAUUUUAUGAAAUAUUUAUUUGUAGUAAUGUUAAUAAUAUAUAUAUUAUCAUAGAAAAUAGCAAUAAACAAUAAUAUAAUGAAACAUACAAUUAUAAUACAGUGCAACAGAAUGUGCAAUAGUGUAACACAGUGCAGAUGACUGUAUAUCACCAUUUGCAAGUACAUCAUACAUGAAUUUGUAUAUCUUGAAGUUUAUCUUUGAAUGAUAUAUGCAUUGAAAACUAAGCUUGGAAACUAAGAAAAGUGGGAGGUAAAUUUUUUUAGAAAAACGUUAAUUACACAAUCUGUCAAUAAACUGCACUAUAAGACUUCUAAGCAUUGAGAGUUGAACUAUCGAUGCUUGCAAAAGGCGGUGUUGCCACGUUCACCGCAGCCAGUGCCGCGUCUCAAGUACAGACUUGCCUCGCCGCAUGUAGCGUGCGUAGUGAUGUAUCAGGUUGCAUGACAUAUCGUUGAGGCAAUCGCUAUGAGUCUGCCGCGGACGGGAGACGGGAAUUUACCUCGAGACAGAUCUCAGCUUCUAUACGAGAGUAGCACGGAAGUAAGGUCGCGACGCCGUUGUUAAAACUUAAAACAUCUGUAACUUGUAGUAGCAACCUCUGUAAGAAGAUAUGAGUGCAAUAGAAAAUCAUACAUUCUGGACAGAAUUUAUUGCAUUAUAUAAGAGUCUUCCUUGUUUGUGGGACAUAAGAUCAAAAUCAUAUGUGGACAGAAAUUUAAGAAACGAUGCAAUAGAUGUUUUGAUCGAAAAAUGUAAAGAAAUAAAUCCUUUGUCAGAUAAAGAUUUCGUUAAUAAAAAAAUACACAAUUUGCGGUGCAGUUUUAGAAGAGAAUUGAAAAAAGUCAAACAGUCGAGAUCGACAAAAAAUGUAUAUAUACCAAGCCUCUGGUACUUCGAUAUAUUAAGUUUUAUAACAGACUGUGAUCCAGGGAGAGAUACAGAAAACCUUAGUGAUGUUAGUAUUAAUUUGAAAACUGAAUGCAAUGAUAAUAUGGAACAAGACGAUGUCGAUACAGGGGGAAAUAUGUUAUCUUCAUCUCCGGAAGUAUCAACUAGAUUAAGUUCUUCUUUAUCAACAACUCCUUCAAUGACAAGAAAUGUAUUCAAACGAAAAAGGAAGUGCAAAGAUAAGAAAAGUCAACCGGUUGAACUUGCUCAUAAAAUUUCAAAGGAUGCAAUACCUAAUACACACGUCCGAGAAGAUAUUUUUGAUAUUACUGGAAAAAAGAUUGCCUGUGACCUUAGGGAAUUAAACGAGCAACAAAGAAUAAUAGCAGAGAAACUUAUCAAUGAUAUUAUAUAUUAUGCAAAAUUAGGUAAAUUGAAUGAAAAUUGUUUAGUGUGUCCUACGAACAUGCGACCUACGUAGCAAAUUUUUUUGAAUAUGACCUGUCAUUUUAAAAAUUGGAAUAAUCUCUAUCACGUAUUUUACAAUUUUGUGAAAAUUUUCGAGUACAAAAAGUAUAUAUAUAUUCAUGUAUGCAUAUAGGUAUAAUAUUUAUAUUGAACGUUAAAGCUGAACUAAGAGAUAUUUGUUUUAAUAGAAUUUAAAUCCCAUAAUUAGAGAAAUUUGGUAAAACAUG